UUACGAAUCCCUAUCAGUCAACAUUUAAAAUCUUUGACGAACGGUACGGUGAAGGAACAGCGAAAAGUGAAAAAAAAAUUGAAAUGAGUGUCACAAAUCGAUUAUUAAUAACAAAAAGUCUAUUGAAUUUUACAAAAAAUCUCCGACCCGUGCAAAGAAAUCUCAGUGCUGUGCGUUUUACGCCUCAGAAACAACGAAAUUAUGUGAAAUAUAUGCUAGUGGUUGGUGGCGGAGUGACGGCCUUUAUGUUUGCAAAUUUCAUGAAAACCAAAUCCAAUCGACAUGAAGCUCUCAACUUGAAACGCAUGAAGCGCGAAGAAGAAAAUUUAGUUAAGCUAACAGCCCGCGAAAGACGUUUCAUAAAAUUUUCUUCGGUCGAAUACGAUGGCCAGUUGUACAUGACACCACAAGAUUUUUUGGAUUCUGUUGUGGAACAGGAACCAAGACCCCGCCUUAAACGAAAAGUGUUAUCCGAACAGGAAGUUGCCAAAAUCAAAGAUAUAACUCCGCCAUUAAAGAAAGGAUCCAAUCAACUGUUUAGAACAUUAAGAGACAAGGGAAUUAUUUCAUAUACAGAGUAUCUGUUUCUGUUAUCAGUUUUAACAAAACCCAAGUCAGGUUUCCGCAUUGCCUUUAAUAUGUUCGACACUGAUGGUAAUCAACGAGUUGACAAAAAUGAGUUCCUAGUGGUUAGACAAAUUUUGGGUGGCUCCUUUCACUCACAUGACUUGGAUGACGAAACAAGAGCAAUUCUUAAGCGUUUAGUUUCCACCGAAGAACAGGCCCGUGAAUUGUAUUACAAGAAAAAGACCAAAGAUAAGCCUAGCCAAAAUGCAUUUAUGGAACGUAUAUUUAGUGGAGCAUGGAAAGAUAAACGUGGCAAAAAUAAAACCGAAGAUGUGGCCACAGAAGAAGUUAAAAAAUCCAAAGAGGAAGAAGAAAAAGAAGAGGACAAUUACAUCGAUGACGAAGAAGGAUUACAGCGCAAACAUAAAGUCGACACCACCCUGCAAGUCCAUUUGUUUGGCAAGAAGGGUGACAAGGAUCUGUACUAUGAGGGCUUCUACAAAUUCAUGGACAACCUGCAAACCGAAGUGUUGGAAUUGGAAUUCACCGAGUUCUCGAAAGGCAACAAAGCCAUUACUGAAGUAGAUUUUGCCAAAAUUCUACUGCGUUACACCUAUUUGGAUACCGAAGAAUAUGAUAGCUUUUUGGAGCGACUGCUGGAUCGUGUCAAAGAUGAACAAGGCAUAACAUUCGAUGAAUUCCGUGAUUUUUGCCGAUUCCUUAACAAUUUGGAUGAUUUCUCCAUAGCCAUGCGUAUGUACACUUUGGCUGAUCGUGCCAUUUCAAAAGAUGAAUUCUCUCGAGCUGUAAAAAUCUGCACUGGCUAUUCUCUUUCGCGUCACCUAAUCGAUACCGUUUUUGCAAUCUUCGAUCAGGAUGGCGAUGGUUUACUCUCCUACAAGGAGUUCAUAGCCAUCAUGAAGGAUCGUCUGCAUCGUGGCUUUAAAUCGGUGGGCAAAUCUGAAGGAUGGGAAGCAUUUAAAUCGUGCAUUAAGCAAGAUAUGAAACAAAAUAAGUAAAAUCAUCCGCUUGCUUUGUGGGUGCGGUGUGCAAUCGACAACUUAUUAUCUGAAAGAAGCUUUAUUGACCAAAAAUUAAAAAAACUACUAACUUAAUAUGUUGAUGCCUAAUCUAGCCAAAUGAAAUACAAUUUUCAACUUUUUUUAGAAUCAAUUCGAACAAAUUUAAACUUAUGGAAUCAAAUUUGACCAAUUAUUUUAUUUUGUAAAAAAUAGACUAUAUUUUCAUAUUUAAAACAAAACAAUUAGAUGUAAUUUAAGAGAUGUUCAAAAUUCUUUUAUUUAUUUAUUUAUUUUAUUUUAAUUUGUUUUUGUUAAACUGUUAUCAAAGUAUUUUGAAUUCAAUUGUUAAAUUAUAUAAAAUAAUAUAUAUAAAAAUAUUUCCCUACAAAAUGUACCUAUGUACCAUUAUUUUAUAUGUAAAUUAUUAUUGCCUUAUGGCAGUCAGUGAAUCCAAGAAGUGCGCUUUCAUGUCCAUUGUAUCUGGUUAUUCUUUGUCCUCGGUCCAUGUCCACCAGCAUAUUAGCGGUAAUUCAUCAAAAAAUCGAACAUUCAUAACACUUGUCAUUGUUAAACUAAAUAGCAAGACAAAAAAUUGUAUUCUGUAGAUUUUAGGAAUUAUUCAAAAUACUAUGUGAGUCGCCAUAUUUGAUUUAGCGUCGAUCUCAAAAAUAUAAAAAGAAAACACUCCCUCCAGUUUAGAUUGCUCGACAAACUUCGAUUGAAAUUACUAUUAUACCCUCCACCGUAGUAAAGAGGGUAUAUUAAGUUUUUCAUUCCGUUUGUAACAAAUGGAAAUAUACAUUUUAGACCCCACAAAGUAUAUAUAUUCUUGAUCAGCAUAAAAUUGUAUGUCGAUUUGGUAUAGCUCCCAUAUAACGGUGCCUCCCGAUAUUCGGUGAUUUGAUGAUUUCAGCAACAUUAUUUACCGGAAUUGUUUCAAAUUUGGCAUUUAAAGUUCGAAAUAUAUACUACAGCCUAUGAUAGGAGAUUGUCUGUGCAGGUCCACGUCUUCGUAUAGCCCCAUAUAACGGUACCUCCCGAUAUUCGGUGUUUUGAUGUUUUUAGCCACAUUAUUCACCGAAAUUGUUUCAAAUUUGGUAUUUGAAGUUCGUAAUGGAUAAUACAGCCUAAGACAGGUUCACGACUUCGUAUAGCCCCCAUAUAACGGUACCUCCCGAUAUUCGGUAUUUUGCUGAUUUUUGCUACAUUAUUCACUUUUUUUUUAAAGUUUCGCAUUUGAAUAUUGUAAUGGCUUAUGACAAAAGUUACCUAUGCAGGUCCAUGUCGUCGUAUAACAUAACAACUACAUUCGAUAUUUUUAAGAUUUUAACAGAAUUAUUAACGGAUUUUAUUGUUUUUGAGAAUUUCCAUAUUCGUUCCAAAUGGUUGAGGGUACUCAAAGUUCCUCCCGGCCGAACUUACAGCUUUUUUACCUGUUUUUCUAGACAAUUUGACCCGACCGCUAUCUUGUCGGUCUGAUUUGUAGGUCAUAUUCACAUUUGGAACACUGAUGUUCAUUUCAAUAUCCUUGUCGUAAUAAUCGGUAAUCAUUUAGAGAGUUGUAGCCAUAAAUCCUUAGGCGUUAAAUGAGCUUUGGUAGGACAAUUGCAUAUAUGUAGUGUGGUGUGUGGUUGUUAAUCUGGUUCUGCUUCAAUGUCUAGUUUUAAGUUAUGUUCUAUAGUCAAAGA